UAGGAAGAGGAGUGGCGGCGGCUACGGCAGCAACGGCGGAGGUGGCGUUGUGGUCUCCCUGGUGCGGUUUAAAGAAGCGGCGGUUUCGCGGGAUCCGGAGAUGGCGGAGAAGUUUGACCACCUCGAGGAACAUCUGGAGAAGUUCGUGGAGAACAUCCGUCAGCUCGGCAUUAUCGUCAGUGACUUCCAGCCCAGCAGCCAGGCGGGGCUCAACCAGAAACUAAAUUUCAUUGUGACUGGCUUACAGGAUAUUGACAAGUGUCGACAACAGCUUCAUGAUAUUAGUGUUCCUUUAGAAGUUUUUGAAUAUAUUGAUCAAGGCCGUAAUCCCCAGCUGUACACCAAAGAAUGUUUAGAGCGGGCUCUAGCCAAAAAUGAACAAGUUAAAGGCAAAAUUGACACUAUGAAGAAAUUUAAAAGCUUGUUGAUUCAAGAGCUUUCCAAAGUUUUUCCAGAAGACAUGGCUAAGUACCGAAGUAUCCGAGGUGAAGAUCAUCCUCCCUCUUAAGUUUGCUUUCAUUGUGUUUAAGAAGUCUGUUUACAACUUUCACUGAAUUGUCAUGCCUUUUGGAAAUAUUGAUGAUUUCAAGUGUUCUUGAAAUGUGAAUUUCGAACAGUUAUUUGAAGGCCAUUAUUACAUUUUUUCCUCAAGACUAUGUUUCAGAAGAACUUUCAAUGGACAUUGUCACCUUUUUGUUAUACAAGAUAUGUAUAACCAGCUAUCAUUUCACUUUCCAUGAAUGGUACUUCUUAGGACUAAAAUGAAAGUCUUUAUUGUCAAGUGCCAGAGUAUUAAUGGUUUAUAAUCUCUUUAAUGUGAAUUGACAUUGGGUGGGAAAAUUAUACACAAGAAAAAAGGUCAUGAAAAAUAACUAUUGUCAACUUUUUUUUUUUUUUAACAUGACCAUUCAGCUGGAAGACUUAAAAAUUUGAUCUAAUGGUGUUUUAUUUUGUUUUUUUCCUUUGUAUUCUUUCCAUUCCAUUUUUCUUUGUUAAAAAUUGGGAUCCAUUAUAGAAGAGGCUUACAUGUGAUUAGGAUAUUUGUGUUUUGUACAGUUUAACUUUGAUGCAUAACAAGUUUUUAGUGUAACUAUAUUUACAUUUGCUUUGGUUAAGCCAAGUAUAUAUAAUAAAAUAUUUCCAGAUACUGUUACUUAAUUCAUUUAAUUUUUCCAUUAUAAUAGUUGCAGUUUAUAGUAUAAUAUUCUGUUUUGUAAGCACCCAAUCCAUUUUUGCCUCAAGUUUGAAUAAUAUUCCUAUAAUUCAUCUGAAAAUAUUUCAAGGAUUUUCCUCUCUACCUUUUAUCAGUGAACAUUGCAAAAAAAAAAGUCUGAAAUCCUAAUUUAUGCCCUUGCUAUGUUUGCUAACUUAUUUAUUGUCAUAAGAAAUAGCUUAAAUAUUUUCCAAGAAAGUCUUAAAAUUAUUGUUUUAGUGACUUAAAUCUUAUGUUGCAUAUGAUAGGCUAGAAGUAUAUCAUAGCUUAUACUCUUUGAACUGUCAAAUUUCAUCUUGAUUAUUUCUAUUGGAAAAAAGUUAAAUAGGCAUCUGUUUGAAAUAAUUUCUUGUCAGGCUGUCAAAGCAGAAAGAACUGUUUUAGCUAGCCAAACAUCAUAUCACAUUCACAUUUUUUAUAAUUCUGUACAAAUGACUUAUGUAAAAGUCAUUUAGACUUUUCUGGGGCUAAUAUCAUCUACCCCAGCCAGCCUUCAUACAAUGUAUACUUGAUGUUGGUUGUAAGGGAAUAAAUGCAAAUGAGUACUUGUGGUUAAGUCGGUUAAAUUCUGUUACUACUUGUAAACUACAAAAAAUUUAUUCUGUUGAUGGUACCCAAAUAGUAUUGUCAUGAAAGGGACAUGCUUUAAUACUUAACUCAGUUUCUUUUUUAAUACAGUUAGCUUUGAUUUGUCUCUUAAGAGUGUGAUUUCUCUGAAUUGUGUUUAGCAAAAGAAAUAAAAAAUAAGCACUCUAGUGAGUCUUCUAUUUGUUCAAAAUCAGCCUUUCUUGCUAAACUGAAUGUGUCUUGAUCCAUUCAAUUUGUGCAAUCUUGUGGAUUUUAUUUAAAUAAAUUUAGCUGUAGGUUUUAGUUUUAGUAUCAGUGCAGCUCAGAUUCUGGCUGAGUUGAAAGUUAUGAAUGGAGAAAGCGAAAAAUCAAAUAUGGAAAAUGUUGGAAAAAAUAGUGAAUAAAAUCACUUUGACCUUUAUCUUUGAAGCUGCCAAAGAUAUUUCAUUUGUGAGGAUAAUGAUUGCUUCCCUUUGUCAGCUGUCUUUUGUUGGCCAAACCUUUUUUAGCUUCAAUCAUUAAUGAUGGUGUGAAUAUUGUAAUUUACAUAGAAGCAGCGAUGAUAUCCUUGCAGGGAGUCCUUCAUCUGCUAGAAAACUUGGAUUUGGCAUGAUGGAUAGAAUGCCAGCCCUGAAGUCAGGAGGAUCUGAGUUCAGAUCCAGGCUCAGACACUUAAUACUUCCUAGCUGUGUGACCCUGGGCAAGUCACUUAACCCUAAUUGCCUCAAUAACAAUAAAAAGAAGAAUACUUGGAUUUGAAUUCUGGCUUCUUAUUAACCUCUCUGAAUUACAGUUUCUUUUUCUUUAUAUUCUUUUUUGUGAUUUUUUUUUUUUUUUACAAAGAACUUUACAUUCAUGAUCUGAUUUGAUCUCCAUGACAACUUUUAGUUGUAGGGUCAUGUCAAUAUUAAUGUCUAAAAGUUGUGAAACCAGAAUUUGAACUCAGAUAUCCAGACUCCAGAUCCAGGUUCCUUGCUAUUGUUUUUUAUUACCUUGCAAUGAACCUUCCAGGAUCCUAACCUUCAAGAUUAGUCCAAGGUAAGACAUUGACAGAUACCAAUACGGUUUGGAUGAAAAAUCAGUUGACAAACUAACGUGAUCUUGGCAAUUAGAGUAUUCCUGAAUUUCUGAAUUUGUAAAGUUAAUAUAUCAUUGGGAUAAUGCUAAUACUUCCUACUUUAUAGGUUGUUUGAGGAAAAUGGUUUUUAGACCUGAAAAGCGCUGUAGAAUAGGGAGUUAGUCAGCUGGUCUAGAGUCAUUUUUGAUUUAUAGAUACCAUUUCAGAAUCAUGAGUGCAUCGUUUCUAUUCUUUAGGGUAAAAUUUACAACCUCCAUUCUAAUUAUCUAAUUUCCUUAUUAUCUUAGUUUUUUUUUAAACUAUUAACCAUACCCUACUAUUUCUUAAUUACGGGACAAUUCUGUAUUUUUGUUAUUGUAUACUGGACUGAUUCGAGUGCUCUUUGUAUUCACGAGUCUUUUAAAAAACCUUGAGAAUCUCCAAUUCUAGUAAUGUCUAGAACCCAAGUCAAAUUGCUAUGUUAGUGAUUUGUUAAUGUGCAUUUAUAGUGAAUAGUUUGCAGAUUUCUUAAUGAUGUUUUUUAUUCUAAUCAGAGAAUACCAAAUCAGAUUAUGAAAUAAAUUCUUUCAUCUUUGGUUAGGGCAUCAUGGUGGUGAUAAAACCAGCCUUAUGAAUUUUCUUGCUAAAUAUCUUACUGACAGAGGAAUGCUGUUCCCCAAACUUUUUUCCCACCCAACUCCAUCUGUCUCUGCUGAAGUAGCUAUGAAUAGUACUUCUAACCAUAUCCACAUCUAGUUCUUUGUAUAAGUUGUAAAAGCAAAUAUAAUUGAUGAGUUACCACAUAUCUUUCCCCCUUGCAAUUGGAAAAACAACUCAGACAAUUCUCUAUAAUUAUAAUUAUAUUCAAGGUAGAAGUUUUAAAAUGAAUUUUAUUUUAUUGUCAACAUUAUCUAAAACAUAUAUGAACAUAUUUACCCUGAUCUCUGCUUCUGAAUACAUGGUACUUAUGGUUUCUGCAAUAUAAGAUUGGGACAUUUCUAUUUAUUUCUGAAAUAAAGUAUUUUGAAAAUUUGUUUAAAUAA